AUGCACGCUGUUUUCCUCUUUUUGAGUGCUGCCGCCGCCGUGGCGUCUGUUAGCGGUGCUCUCAUCCCUCAGCACACUCGCAGAGCCGACGUGUGCAAUGGUCACGCCGAGCUGUGCGGUCGUAGCUAUGGAAAUGUCACCUUCAUGGGAGCCCACGACUCUUUCGCCUUCAGCGAGAACCCGCUUGAUCUUGCUGCCGACCAGCGCGUCGACAUCCCAUCCCAGCUCGGGCUCGGUGUUCGCCUUCUCCAGGCACAGUCUCACAUGAACGAUGGCGUUCUCCACUUCUGCCACACGAGUUGUGAACUUUUUGACGGCGGAUCUGUUGAGGAUUAUCUCAAGACCGUCCACGACUUCCUGACCGCCAAUCCCAAGGAAGUUCUGACCUUGAUCUUCACGAACCCUGAAGGUGUCUCCCUCAAGGACGUCUGGGACCCCGCAUUCCAAGCUUCUGGUAUCGCAGACCUCGCGUUCGUCCCUCCUUCGAUCCCCGUCAAGCAGAGCGACUGGCCGACGCUCGGCGACAUGAUCGACAGUGGCAAGCGUGUCGUCGUCUUCCUCGACACUGGCGCGGAUGACGACCGCAGCGUCCCAUACAUCCUUCCCGAGUUCCCGAUGAUCUGGGAGACGCCCUUCAGCGUUACCGACGAGAACUUCCCGUGCAGUGUUGACCGUAUCAACGGACCGCUCUCCACCGAGGAUCACAUGUACAUGAUCAACCACUCCCUCAACAAGGACAUCUUCGGCCUUGGCAUUAUCGUCUCUGAUCCUCUCGACGCCGAUGACACCAACAGCGUUGCUUCGAUCAUGGCCAACGCCGGCGGGUGCCAGGGCUUCGCGGCCGGACGUGCGCCGAACUUCGUUCUCCUCGACUUCGUCAACAUUGGGAACGGCCUCGACGCGGUCAACCAGCUGAACGGGCUAUAA